AUGAGCAAGAAGUUGGCGGCCCAUCUCGACGGAGAGCCCCUUGCACUCUCGCGGGCGCUUCAGCUGGCACGGGAGCGGACGACGAGCCCUGCCGAGGCCCGUGCGGCAGCGCUUGCGGCGGUGACGGCGGUGGCGACGGCCAAGGGCAAGACGGCAGCGCUGGCCAUGGCCCACAGCUUGGCGGGGCGCGACGCUGUGGUGGCUGCCCACGCCGACGCCCUUGCCGACGAGGCCGUGUGGAAGGCGCUCGGGAGCCUUUACGCCGCCGCGUGCGCUCCCGACGUCACUGCCAACGCUGCCGCCGCCCGUCCGCUGUUCCGCGCCCUGCUCUCCUCGGUCCUAUUGGUGGCCAUGGACGCGGCUGCGGGGGCUGGCGCUGGUGGCCCGCGGUCAGCACCACGCGCCCACGCUGCGCGCCUCUCUCGCUGGCUCUUGAGCCUGGCAAGCUCCGCCCCGGGCGUCCACGACGAGGCCGUGGCGGUGAUGGCGAUCAUCCGGCGGGCCAUGGCCGCGCCACAGGCUCGGUGCGAAGAUGGUGCUGGUGGCGACGGCGGGAGCGGCAUUGCGCCAAUAAUGGACGAAGCCGAGGCUGCGCCUGGUGGUAAGCGCCGGCGGACGGGCAGUGGCGCAAGCGGGGAUCGCCCAGAAAAGCGUGCCAAGGGACUGGCUGCCAAGGUUGGUGCCGCGGUGGUCGAUCAGCUGCUUGCCGGCGAGGCCGCGGCGGCGCUGCAGUCGUCGCCGUACUUUCUCGACGAUGUUGGCCACGCGCUGCGGAGCCUCGGCUGGGACGGAUCCGGGCGAGUCGAGGCCGCGCUGGCGAGUCUCAUUGCCGGCCAGCCGGAGGUUGCCGGCCACGUGGUGCGCGCGUUGGUCGAGGUACCGGGCAAGGAGAGUGCAGCGUUUGAUCCGAUGGGACAGCUUGCUGACGCACUGAGCUCGAGCCCCGAGGGCGUGGAUGCGUUGCUGAGCGAGGCUGCAGCACCGCAUGCGCCGCGCGGGGCGUUGGUGUGGCUGGAUACUCUGUGCGGGCGCGAGACGCUUGCGUCGCUGCUUGCGGCGCGGAUUGACAGCCUUGGGAGCAAGGUGGAUGCUGUGCUUGCACUUCUUGACCGGUACGUUGCGCUCGGCGUGGCGCCGGCAUGUGGCCGAGCGGUGUUUAACGUUGUGGCGCUCAAUGCGGCGCGGCACGGGCGGACGCAGCCGCUGGCCAAGGUUCUUGAUGCAUUUGCGGGUGGCGAGUCGAGCCUGCUCUCUGUUCCGGACGUGCUUGAUCUCAGCGUCGAGGUUGCACUGGACAAGGUGCUUGCCCAGCUGUGUGGCGCGUGUGCCUCUGCGCAGUGGUUUGUGCGCCACUUUGCCGGAGGCGUGCUUGCGCUUGCAGACGAGCGCGGCAGCGCAGCGUGGCAGGUCAUGUUGGGCAGCGAGGCUGCGGCCGAGUUUGUGCUCGGACCACAGGCUGUGACGCACUUUGCCACGCUGCUCAACAGCGCGACGCCGGAUGCGGUGGCGUUGUUUGCGGCGGCGGCUGAUGCAAGCGCGGGUGUAGCAACGGUUCGCUCGGGGCUUCCACUGCUUGCGGCGGCAGCGACACCUAGCGUCUGUGAAGCGCUGUCGGCGAGCGUGGCACAGAUGCCGCUCGAGACUGCGCUGGCGACGCUAGUGGCAGAUCCCAGCUCGGCACGCGCAUUCGGACUGGUGCUGCAGGGACUUGAUGCUGCUGCGGCGAGCGGCGAGGCGCUGCCGACCAAGGUCUACCGCCUGUUGACCAAGGCGGCUCUGUGUGUUGACGACGGCCGCCUGACAGCACGUGCUGCUAACGCGCUGGCGGCUGCCACGGCGCCAGUCGAUGCAGCGGCAAUGCUCCUGGCGCAGCGACUGGCACUGCAUGAGAGCGAGGCAGCGGCGGCGGCAGGCGUUGCGUGGGUUCGCGGCAGCGACACGCGAGCUGAGCCAUCGCAACGCGGCUGA